GAGCCAAUGAAUGUCAAGCUAGUCGCCGCCGCAGCAGCAGCAUGUCGCCGGCCAGCCGCAGUCGGAGCGGCGUUAAGCUAGCAUGACCAAAACAUCCCACGACCAGGCUUGCCGACACCACACCGCCCACUUAUCCUCUUUUUAUUUCCCGUUUCAUGACGAGUGAGAGCGCGCUUCAGGCAGCGUUGAAGGCGCCCAGUCGAAGGUCUUCUGUCUGAAGGGAGAAGGGUGAAGAAAAGGGCCUUCAUAGACGAUGGAGCCGUCGGACGGCCUGUUGCUGCAGGUCAACAACGGCGAGCAGUGGUGCAACCGGUGGAAGCGGCCCAAUGACGACUCAGAUCGCAGCACGAGUCCGUCGGUGCUGCGCUGCGUGGCCAGCACGUGGAAGGAGGGGCUGCUGAACAGGAAGAGGCCCUUUGUGGGCCGCUGCUGUCACUCGUGCACACCACAGAGCUGGGAGAAGCUGUUUAACCCCAGUAUUGCGUCGCUGGGACUGCGCAAUGUCAUCUACAUUAACGAGACGCACACCAGGCAGCGCGGCUGGUUGGCCCGCCAAUUGAGCUACUCGCUCUUCGUCAUGGAGAGGGACGUCCACAAGGACAUGUUCCCCAGGAACGUGGUGGAGAACGUGCUCAACAGCGACCGAGUGGAGGGCGCCAUCUUCAGCGUGGCCUCUGAUUUGGAUGGCAGCCAGCCUGGUCCCGAGCACAAAUCCGUCAAAAAGGUCAAGCAGAAGGCCAGAAGCUUCCUCCAGAAGAUGGUGGCCAGUGUUUCUCCAGCUUUCAUCCGGCUGACAGGCUGGGUUCUCCUGAGGCUCUUUAACGGUUUCUUCUGGAGCAUUCAGAUCCACAAAGGCCAGCUGGAGAUGGUCAAGAAAGCAGCAGCAGAGCAGAACAUGCCCAUGGUCUUCCUCCCCGUACACAAGUCUCACAUCGACUACCUUCUCAUCACGCUCAUCCUCUUCUGUCACAACAUCAAAGCACCGCACAUCGCCGCCGGAAACAACCUCAGCAUCCCCAUCCUCAGUACCCUCAUCCGUAAACUGGGAGGAUUCUUCAUACGGCGGAAAAUGGAAGAGUCCAACGAUGGGAAGAAAGACAUUUUGUACAGAUCGCUCUUAUACGCCUACACGGAGGAGCUGUUACGCCAGCAGCAGUUCUUGGAGGUUUACCUGGAGGGCACGCGCUCCCGCAGCGGCAAGCCGUCGACGGCGCGCGCUGGAAUGCUCUCCAUCGUGGUGGACGCACUGAGCACGGGCUCCAUCGGCGAUGUGCUGGUGGUGCCGGUCGGCAUCUCAUACGACCGCAUCAUUGAGGGCAACUACAACAGCGAGCAGCUGGGCAAGCCCAAGAAGAACGAGAGCCUGUGGGGGAUAGCAUGCGGCGUCUUCCGGAUGCUGAGGAAGAACUACGGCUGCGUCCGAGUAGAUUUUAACCAACCCUUUUCUCUAAAGGAAUACCUGGACAGCCAGAGAAGCCGCCACAUUCCGCUACCAGUCUCCCUGGAGCACGCCUUGAUGCCCAUCAUUAUAGAUGCGCAGCCAGACGCUCAGCUGUUUGAUCACCGGGAGGAAGAGGCCCAACAAGACAGAGAGCUUCCUGAAGACCUCUGUCGACGACAGCUCAUCAACAACCUCGCCAAGCACGUGCUUUUCACAGCUAACAAGUCCUCCGCGAUCAUGUCCACCCACAUUGUGGCCUGUUUGCUGCUCUACAGACACAGACAGGGUGUGGCGCUGUCCAAGCUGGUGGAGGACUUCUUCAACAUGAAGGAGGAGAUCCUGUCGCGGGACUUCGAUCUAGGCUUCUCGGGCAAUUCCGAGGACGUGGUGAUGCGGGCCCUGCACCUCCUGGAGAACUGCAUUUCCGUCACCACCAGCGCCAACCGCAAUGGCGAGUUCACCAUCGCGCCCAGCCCGACGGUGCCAGCGCUCUUCGAGCUCAACUUCUACAGCAACGGCCUGUUCCACGUCUUCAUUCCCGACGCCAUCAUCGCCUGCAGCAUCCUGUCACUGCAGCGAGAGCAGGUGGUGGAAUCAGAGUCGGGUAAGCCGGCCAGCGGCGCCGCCGGCUUCCCUCUCAGUCAGGAGAAGCUCAUCCGCAAAGCCGCCGGCCUGUCACACUUCCUGGUCAAUGAGGUGACCGUGGCCUCCCCCUGUCAGACUGUUUACCAGGUUUUCCACGACGCAGUGACCCGCCUCAUCCAAUAUGGAGUCCUCUACGUGGCGGAGGAGGACCAAGAGGAACUGAGCCCCAGUCCCACGGACGAACCUUGGCCCAAAAAGUUCCCAGAGCCGCUCUCCUGGCGGAGCGACGAGGAGGACGAAGACAGCGACUUUGGAGAGGAGCAGCGUGAUCGCUACCUAAAGGUGAGCCUCUCGGAGGAGCACCAGGACUUCUUUGUGUUCCUGCAGCGGCUGCUCAGCCCUGUGCUGGAGGCCUACAGCGGCGCCGCCAUCUUUGUGCACAGUUUGUGUCAGCCCACGGCCGAGUCGGAAUACACGCAGCGGCUCUUCAGAUACCUGCUGACCCGCACCGAGAAGAGAGUGGCUGCUUAUGGUGAAAGUGCUACUCAUUACCUGGUGAAGAACACCGUGAGGACUUUCAAAGAACUUGGGGUUCUCAAGGAGAGACGAGAGAACCGUGUGACAACGCUGGAGCUGAGCGCCACUUUUCUACCUCAGGCCAACCGCAACAAACUCCUGCACUAUAUUUUAGGCUUCACGCUGCUGUGACCUGAACAGGCCUCAGUCAAGCUCCCUCCAAUAAAAGGGCUUCCACUGGCGACUGAUCCCAGGUGCUAAACACUGCGGACUGCUUUACCAGGAAGUGCCUUUGCUUAAAAACAACUACAAAACACUACUUUGCCUACUUUGGUUCCUGCAUACCUUUUUAAUCUAGUAAGAGUAAGAAUCAGUUUGAAUCCAAAUGAAGCAAGCUGCCUUACAUGUACACAAGUAAGUCAUAAACAUUCGCCAUUGACCACAGUAAUCAGCAAACAUUAAUAGUAUGUAGUCAUAGUGCACUUGGUCCAUGUGCAUCUUAAGAGGAUUCUGUGCUUAUGGGGCGACAGCAGAAACUUUUCAAUCAUAACUGUCAUGGAAAGUUAAAAAACAAAAUAACUAUAAGCAUUCUGGACCAGUUGCAUAGUGAAGUGUCUUACAGGGAAAGCAAUACAUGUGACAUUUCACCAUAAUGUUUCGGUAUUAUGAAUGUGCUGUAUCUUUGGAGUUGUUUACUCUGAAAUAGUUGUGCAGAAUCUGCGAAGACAAAUAUUUGUUUACCGUCGUUUUGUUUUUUUCCAACCCCAGACACAAUGGCUGUAAAAUCUGAAUUGUAUACAGGUUUAGAAUCAAAAUGUAGGAUACGAACAGUAUAAAGGUCAAAGUAAGUCACUAAUGGGGGAGAUGCUAUUGUUGUAUUUGACGGCAAUGAAAUUGUUGACAAACAUAGAUGUUUAUUGAAUCUUUAAACUUGCAUGUGUUCAUGCAGAACUUCCAAGUCUGUGAAUGAUGGGAAUUGUAGAUAAUUAGGAGCAUGUCAAAGGACAUAAAAAAAUAAAAAGGACGUACAGGCAGGGUGAUAAUUUAAGUGGAUGCUGAAGUUGGAUAUUUGUCAAGAUAAUGCCACUCUUAUGUACUGUAUUGCAUGUUUGUUGACACUUUACUGUAGUACAGGGGUGUCCAAAGUCUGGCAUGGGGUUUUUAUUGUCUAUUUAAAAGAAAAACCUUAAUACAGCCAAGGAAGAUUAUGGCCAAGCUGAAAAGUUUUAAUCAAACUCACAGUGGUAAAUUCCUUUGUCACACGUUAACACAAAUUUUAAUAUAUUUAGCUAUAUUACCAAACUAUAAUCCUUCAGUUUUGGACGCCCCUGCUGUAGACACAAACUUAAUUUCUUGAAUUGUACUUUACAGUCCAAAUGUGAAUUAUUUAGCUGAGAAGGAACCUGCUGAAUGUAUCUGACCGCCUUGAAAAAGUCAUUGUGAUUGUAAUUGACUUGGUACAAAAUGUGUGGACAAAAGUAUUGGGACUCCUCGCCAUGACAUCUACAGGAAUAUAAAAUGAAAGGUCAAGUGUAAACUAAAGAGGUCCCUACUGAUUAUUGAAUCCAGAUGUGUGUCUAAAUACUUUUGUCUAAUAAACUACAUGAGUUGUUA